UUGGUGCAGGGGAAGUGAUGGGGCCUCCUCAGGGCACUGGCCUCUCUGAGGGACCAGGCCUCAUCUGAGCACAGUGUGUCCUGCGGCUGAAGCAGCAGCAAGGAGAUGGUGGGGAGAAGGGUGCUGGCCUGCUGGGGGCAGGUGACUUCCUGGUGCAUGGUGGUGGGGGCCACAGCAGGUCCUGGGCUGCAGCUGCUCUCAGGCUGCUUUACUGGUAGGUGACCUAUAGGCAGGCAGAGCUGCAGGCCCUUGGCCAGGUGCAGGGAACAGGUGUUGUGGUCCCAGCACCAGCAGCCUAGGUGUGAGUCACGGAGCAGGGACACAGGCUUUGAAGGGUGGCACGAGUGAGGCAAGGCCCUGUGUGUCCCACACCCAUAGAGGACGCAGGCAGGGCGGGUCCGAGGUGGGCCUGUCAGGCAGUGGCCCUGGCAGGAGGGCCCAGGUGCAGCAUUCCCAGAGGCCAGCUGGAUACUCUUGCUGCCCUGCACCCUCAGGCUCAGGGCCGGCCAGCCUGCUGUGUCACCUUGACCCGGUAGGCACUCUCUGGGAGCCCAGGCCUAUGGCUGGCCUGAACGUGUCCCUCUCCUUCUUCGUUGCUACCUGCGCCCUGUGUGAGACGGCCAGGCGGGUGUCCAAGGCUCUGCUCCCAACAGGGGCCUAUACCAGCUUUGCCCGGGAAGUGGCCGGCGCGGCCCAGCUGGCCGCCUGCUGCCUGGAGAUACGUGCACUGGAGGAGUUUGGGCCUUGGGCCGCGGGCGUGGGGCCUGACCUCCUGCUGACGCUGCUCUUCCUAGUGUUCCUGGUGCAUGGGGCCACCUUCGAUGGUGCCUCAGGGAACCCUGCUGUGGCCCUGCAGGAGUUUCUCCUGGCUGAGGCAACGCUGCCCAGCACUCUACUGAAGCUGGUGGCACAGGUGCUGGGUUCACAGGCAGCUGGGGCCAUGACCCGGUGCUGUUGGGCCUGGGAGCUCAGUGACCUGCACCUGCUGCAAAGCCUCAUGGCCACACACUGCAGCUCCACGCUGCACACAUCUGUGGCCUUCGGCGCAUUCGUGGAGGGCACCUGCGCCUUCUUCUUCCACCUGACCCUGCUCCACCUGCGGCACAGCCUCUCGAUCCACAGGGCACCAGCUGUGGCUCUGUUGGUCACCAUCGCAGCCUACACAGCCGGGCCCUACACAUCCGCCUUCUUCAACCCUGCGCUGGCCGCCUCUGUCACCUUCCACUGCUCGGGGCACAGCUUCCUGGAGUAUGCCCAGGUGUACUGGCUGGGCCCUCUAGCAGGAAUGGUUCUGGCUAUCCUGCUCCAUCAGGGCCACCUUCCCCGCCUUUUCCGGAGAAACUUGCUCUACAGGCAGAAGAGCAAGUACCGGAGCCCCAAAGGGAAGCUGGCCACUGGCCCUGUGGAUACCCGCGAGGCUGCACAAGGGUGAGGUGGGCAGGAACCGGGCAGCGCCCAGUGAGCUGCUCCCAAAGGGCUGGCUACCCACAAACCUGGAUCUUCAGUUUGGGGUGAGCCCUGCUCCCGCCCUGGAAACCCCUGUCAAUAAACCACUGUGUGUCCCCAGGCCUGUGAGGUUUCU